AUGUCGAACGUUCACGUUGGCCAGGUUUACGAGGCUGUGAUUCAGGGAGUCAUCGACGCUGUGCGCGUUGAUUUCGAGGAGAAUGGUGUUGAGGAUGGCGUGCUCGAGGACCUGAAGAAGGUGAGGCAAACCCGUAUUCCUGUCCCUGUCUCCUUACCUGCUUGCGUGUCGAUGCGCACCGUUUGGGUGGAGAGCGAGCUGCCUCGGAGUGGGCGGCCCAGUGCUUUUGGGUCUCUUUUUAAGUCCCUUCCCCGCUGCUGCGAACUUACUCCAUUCCCCAACACUGCCUUCCGAUUGAAAUGGCAAAUGAAGCUCUCGCAGCUCAAUGUGGCCCAGUUUCCCUGGGACCCGAAGCCAGAGCAGCCCGCUCCUCCAGCUCAACCAGCCGCUCCCCCGGCUCCAGCGCCGCAAGCCGCUCCCCCACCGCAGGCGGCUUAUACCCAGUCUACGUUGAGCCCUCAGACUUCAGCUCAACCUCUCUCGCUGCCAAAUAUCAACCAGCCUCAUUCCAACGGGGUGCCCGUCAAGCAGGAGCCAGGGUUGGUCAGGUCUGAGCCGGUCGCUAUCAAGCAGGAACCCGGCGCUGGCUCUCAGCCCGUGCAUCCUGGUUAUCAAAAUGCCUCCCACCCUAGCCUGCCUACUGUCAACCCCAGCAUAGCCGCUACCCGGGCUGUGCAGGCUUUGCAGAACAAGUACGGCGAGGGAGCUGCUGCCUCCAUUGCCUCCAUGUCCAACGGUAAUGGUAAGGUCGGACAAGGGAACGUUGGCCAAGCCCAACAGCAGCAACAGCAGGUCCAGCAACAACAUGCUCAACACCAGCAACAUUCUCAACACCAGCAACACCCUCAGCAGCAGCAGUAUCAGCAACACCCACAGCAUCCUCAACAACAACGCCCCCAACACCCUCAGCAGAUUCAGCAACAGCACAUGCAACGGCCACAGCAGGGUGGACCUCAGCAGCUGACCCCAGAGCAGGUGUAUCAACGACAGAUGCAGCAACAGAUGCAGCAACGCAUGCAGCUACAGGCUCAACAGGCUCAGCAGCAGCGUGGGAUUGCCCCUAACAACUUGCCUAAUGCCCAGACUGAUGGCCCUAGCGAUGAUUGCUGGGAGGCUGUCAUGAUGCGCCGCAACGCCGAAGGCCGGGCUGUCGAGAUGGGCCGCGUCGAGAUUGAUGAUCAUCUUCACGCCCAGAUCGCCGCCCGAGCCAAGCAGAUGGAGGGCGGCGGCCUGAUGCUUCCUCUGAAGCAGGCCACCAAGGUCCGCAGCCUUGACAAUAGACGGAACCGCGCUGCUGGGGGUCCCUCCCAGGUUGAUGGUGGGGAGGAUGACAUGAACGAUGAGGAUUUGGAUGACGAUGCGAUCAACUCUGACUUGGACGACUCUGACGACAAUAAGGAGGACGAUGAUGAAGAUGAUGACAUGGGGCAUAUGAUGCUUUGCAUGUAUGACAAGGUGCAGAGGGUGAAGAAUAAGUGGUGCGUCUCUCUACUCCCACGAAACUUGUAUAACAUUUCAGAUACUAAUACCCUGGGCUACAGGAAGUGCACACUCAAGGAUGGCGUCCUGACUGUGAACGGCAAGGAGUAUGUCUUCCACAAGGCUACGGGGGAGUACGAGUGGUAA